GAUGGAGGUGAAAGAGCAAAGGCAGGAAUUAAAUGAGGAGGAGGAGCAUCGUAACUUCAAAACUCAAAGAGGAAAAUCAAAGAAGCAGCACACCUGCUCACAGUGCGGAAAGAGUUUCAGACUUAAAUCAGGUCUCAGUAAUCAUAUGUGGCACCACUCUGGAGAAAAGCCAUUUAACUGUGAUAAGUGUGGUAAAAAAUAUACCUCAAUAUCAAACCUAAGAGCUCACCUGAAACUUCAUUUAGAUGAUAAACCUUAUGUUUGUUCUGUCUGUGGAAAGAGUUUCAGACUUAAAUCAGGUCUCAGUAAUCAUAUGUGGCACCACUCUGGAGAAAAACCAUUUAACUGUGAUACGUGUGGUAAAAAAUAUACCUCGAUAUCAAAUCUAAAUCUUCACAUGAAACUUCAUUCGGAUAAGAAGACUUAUGUGUGUUCUGUCUGUGGAAAGACUUUCUCUCAGCUUAACUGUUGUAAUCGGCAUCAGAAAACACACGAUGAAGUGAGAGAUCACGUGUGUUGUGAGUGUGGGAAGAGCUUUACUACAGUUGGACAGCUGAAGCAGCAUCAGAGAAUUCACACUGGAGAAAAACCUUACAAGUGCUCAUAUUGUGACAAGAGCUUCUCUCAACCUGGAAAUCUGAAAUCACACGAGCGAGUUCAUACUGGAGAGAAGCCGUAUCAAUGCACUCAGUGUGGAGAGAGUUUCAAAUAUUCAACAGUUCUCAGUGAUCAUCUUCACAUUCACUCUGGAGAAAAGGCAUUUAACUGUGAUCAGUGUGGUAAAGAGUUUUAUUCAUCAUCACAACUGAAAAGACACCAGAGAAUCCAUACGAACUGGAGGCCUUAUGUGUGUUGUUAUUGUGGGAAGAGUUUUUCACUGUUGCCCAGUUUUAUUCUUCACCAGAAAUCACAUACCGGUGAGAAAAAUUUCAUGUGUAGUGAGUGUGGAAAGAAAUUUACUACAUCUAGCCAACUAAAAUGCCACCAAAGAGUUCACACUGGAGAAAAACCGUACAAGUGCUCAUACUGUGAGAAGAGUUUCUCCCAGUGGACACAGCAGAAAUCACAUGAACGAAUUCACACCGGAGAGAAGCCGUACAUUUGUACUCAGUGUGGAGACAGUUUUAAACAUUCAAACUCUUUAGUGCUUCAUAUGAAAAAGCAUUUUCCAUCGAAUCCCAUCCAUUCCUCCACUUAGUUAGUUUUCAGGUGCUUUAAAGACAUGACAAAUAUUCAUACAUUUAGAUCGGCAUCAAUAAUUGCAGUGUUUCUACAUAUGUUUAAAACUGAGAAUGGUGCAAAACCGCAUGAAGAAAAACAAAACGUUGUAACUGACAAAGAAACAGGUGGCACUGAAGAUUAAAAAUGUAUAAGUAAAAGUCAAUAAAAUAUGAGUGCUUCGGCAAAUUAUAAGCCUUUUUCCUAUAUAAGCAUAUUUAAAUGUUAAAUAAUGUUAGAUUCAGAUUAAGUAAAUGUAUAAGGUACAAUAAACAAGUUUUUUAAAAUCUGAACUGCUGAAA